CUCAACUCACUCACUCCACAAACUCAGCCAUGGCUUCCAAGACUCUCUCCCUCUUCCUCCUCCUCCUCCUCUCCUCCGCCACGAUCGCCUUCUCGGACGGAGAAGAUUGUGUGUAUACGGUGUACAUUAGAACGGGCUCGAUCUUCAAGGGGGGAACUGAUUCGAUCAUCAGCUUGAGGUUGUACAACAUGUACGGUGAGAUGGUGGAGAUGACGAAUCUGGAGUCAUGGGGAGGCUUGAUGGGUCCAGGUUACAACUAUUUCGAGAGGGGUAAUUUGGACAUUUUUAGUGGGAGAGGGAAGUGCCUGAGUGCGCCUGUGUGCGCGAUGAAUCUUACAUCGGACGGCUCAGGACCGCAUCAUGGAUGGUACGUUAACUACGUUGAGGUCACAUCAACUGGGGUCCACACGCCUUGCUCUCAACAGCAGUUCACGGUGGAGCAGUGGCUGGCACUCGAUACGACGCCGUUCGAGCUGACAACUAUAAGGAAUUAUUGUCCUGAUUACGCUGCUCGUGGUGGCCAACACGAGGGUCGUAAAAGGAUAUUUAAGUCUUUAUCUUCUGCUAUGUAAAAAAAUAAUAAUAAUAAUAA